ACCCCCACUUUCUACCCUCACCUACGGUGAGCAGCGCCCGCUCUUGGCUCAUUGUGCAUUUUCAUGUGCUAGCCUUCGCACGUCUUUUCACGACGUAUAUUGUAGUGUAUUAGUAGUGAUCUUUAAACAUGGGGAAAAGGAAAUCAACGGAACAUGAGGAGGAAAUUCGUAGGAAAAUAAGAAGACUUCAAGGAAAGUUAAGAAGAAAGAAGAAGCGUGUAAUCGAAUCAUCUGAUACAGAGGAUUCUGGUACGGAUACGUACGAUCAGAGGGGUCAUUCAUCUGGCUCGGAAACACCACCGCGGCCUCCCUACUCGCCCCUAACAGCGGCAUCAGUGUCGUCACCAGAGCCGGAGCGACGAAGUUCCAGAGGGCCCGAUGGAGUCGAUACUGUGCAGGAACCGACGCCGUCGACUUCAAAGGAUAAUCAGGAAAGUACAAAUGCUGAUAUUGCGUUACAGGACGAUAUUUUGUCACUGUUAGGUGAUGCCCCAAAAGCAGAGGUUUCUUUUGGGAAGCCGCUUCAUAAAGAUGUCGCGAGUAGAUGGCAAGAAAUUCUUGCCAAAGGUUUAUCCAUCGAGGUAAAGGCCAAAUUGAUGGAGGAGUACUAUAUCCCAAGUAAUUGUGAUCUUUUAACAGCACCGCUGCUUAACCCAGAGGCAAAGGCAGCCUUGACAACUGCCAUUACUAAACGCGAUUCUUCAAUUAGAGAAAAACAAAAACAAUUAGGCAUCGCCAUAUCUGCUCUAGGACAGGCCGUAGAAGAUGUAAUUUCUAAUGAAUCUACUAAAAAGAUCCUAAAACCAAUUAGUGACGCAUGUCGCCUCUUAUGCGACAUUCACUUCGCCGAAACAAAAACUCGCCGUAAUUUAAUCAGUUACUGUACAAAUACGAAACUGAAAGAAACUGUUUUAGAAUCUACUAGAGACAAAUUUCUUUUCGGAGAGAACUUGGCCGAAAAACUGAAAUCCGCAAAGUCUAUCCAACAAUCAGGAGAAAGUUUAAAAAUUAAGAAACAACUAGGUUACUUCAACAAAAACUCAUCUAAUCUGAGAACAAAUAACAAUAAUUUAAACUCCAAGAGUUACUAUCGGAAGACACGAUUCAAACAAACAGGCCAGGGUCGAGCUCCUCCGGAGAGGGUCACCAGCCAGCGUCGAACGAGAGGCCAUCAGUCGCCUCGUCGAGCGGUCGAUGUGGAGAGACAGAAACGCAGCGCGUAUCGCAAAUAGACGAGGUACGUUACGCUGGCCGUCUUAAAUAUUUUGCACAGGCCUGGUCACAAGUAACUGACGACCUACUUAUAUUGGAGUGGGUUCAAGGUUACAAGAUACCAUUUAUUAAAUUACCUAGUCGCAGUAAUAAUCCGAAUGUUCAGCCUAGAUCCGUUCAAGAAUCAUCGGAUUUUGAAACAGCGAUACAAAAACUAUUAGAUAUCAACGCAAUUUCUAAAUGUAACCACGAGGACGGAGAAUUCUUGUCGAGUAUAUUUUUAGUAACUAAGCCUAACGGAGACAAAAGAUUUAUAUUAAAUCUUAAAUGCUUAAACAAAUUUGUAAAAACCUCUCAUUUUAAAAUGGAGGACUAUCGUACCGUUGUUAAACUUAUAACCCCUAACUGUUUUAUGGCGUCAAUAGACCUAAAAGAUGCUUAUUUUCUUAUUCCAGUACACAAAUCACAUAGAAAGUAUCUUAGAUUUCAAUAUUGUGGAGAUCUGUACGAAUUCAAUUGCUUACCAUUCGGAUUAUGUACCGCACCUUAUGUUUUUACUAAAAUGUUAAAACCUGUCGUACAAUACUUAAGAUCUCGCAAUAUGACGUCCAUUAUUUAUUUGGAUGAUUUAUUAUUGUUAGAAUCUUCUUACACUGACUGUUACAGAAAUUUGAAUUGUACACUUAAUUUUUUACAAAAUCUGGGAUUUAUAGUUAACUUUGAAAAAAGUUGUUUAAGACCUUUAAAUCAAUGUAAAUUUUUAGGUUUCAUUUUCGAUUCCAGUAACAUGACCAUUAGUCUU